CUCGCUAGAUUCUGUCGGGCAGUCGUCGAAGCAUUCAAGGAUACGUACUUGAGAAAGCCAACGACCGACGACGUUAGCAAGUUGGUCGACAUGCACGAGCAGGCCCACGGCUUCCCGGGGAUGCUUGGAAGCAUCGACUGUAUGCACUGGCAGUGGAAGAAUUGUCCAACGGCUUGGAGAGGACAAUACACUAGCGGGCACAAGGGCACACAUCCCACGAUUGUGUUGGAGGCCGUUGCCGAUUGCAGAUUGUGGAUCUGGCAUGCCUACUUUGGUGUCGCGGGGUCCAACAACGACCUCAAUGUGUUGAACGAGUCUUCUCCAUUGUUCAACGACUUGUGUGCUGGGCGAGCACCGAACGUAGAGUUCACGGCCAACCACCUUCGGUAUAGUAUGGGGUACUAUCUGGCAGACGGGAUCUACCCUCGAUGGCCCGUGUUCGUGAAGACUAUCACAGCUUUCAAUGAUCCAGAAAUGUACAUCAACAAUACGACUAACAGAACUACCGAUUGA